UUUGUGGUUCAUAAAAGAUGCCACGAGUUCGUGACCUUCACGUGUCCCGGAUCAGUGACGGAGCCCAGACCUGACGACCUGAAGAGUCGACACACUUUUAAAGUCCACACGUAUUCCAGUCCGACGUUCUGCGACCACUGUGGCUCGCUGCUGUACGGACUCAUCCACCAGGGCAUGAAGUGUGCCUGCUGCGACAUGAACGUCCACCGGCGCUGUGAGACCAGCGUUCCCAGUCUGUGUGGUCAGGACCACACCGAGAAGAGAGGCCGGAUCCACCUGACAAUCCGGGGCGAGAAGGAGGACGUCUACGUCACGGUCCGGGAGGCUCGGAACCUGAUGCCGAUGGACCCCAAUGGCCUCUCGGACCCGUACGUCAAACUGAAACUGAUCCCGGAUCCCAAGAGCCACAGCAAACAGAAGACCAAGACCAUCCGCUCCACGCUCAACCCCAUCUGGAACGAGAGCUUCACCUUUUCCGUCCGGGGCCACCAGUGGGACCGGCGCCUGUCGGUGGAGAUCUGGGACUGGGACCGGACGUCCAGGAACGACUUCAUGGGAGCUCUGUCCUUUGGAGUCAGUGAGAUCUUCAGGCGUCCCAUCAGCGGCUGGUUCAAGCUGCUGGCUCAGGACGAAGGAGAAUAUUACAACAUCCCAGUACCGGACCCAGACCUGCAGGAGCCCCAGCCAGAUGGCUCCGCCCCUUCCCUGCCUCAGGUCCUCCCCUCUCCGCUGUCCGAGUCCUUCCCAGUGGCCCUGAGUCCGGUCCCGGUCCUGUCCUGCCCCCCCAUCCUGAGUCCCGGGAAGGUCAAAGUGGGAAUCCACGACUUCAACUUCCUCAUGGUUCUGGGGAAAGGAAGCUUCGGGAAGGUGCUGCUGGCGGAGGAACGAGGCAGCGAGCGUCUGUUUGCCGUCAAAGUCCUGAAGAAAGACGUCCUUUUCCAGGACGAGGACACGGAGAGCGCUCUGGUGGAGAGGAGGGUUCUGGCUCUGGCCUCCCGUCCUCAUUUCCUCACGUCGCUGUACUGCGCCUUCCAGACCGAGGACCGGCUGUACUACGUGAUGGAAUACGUCAACGGAGGAGACCUGAUGUUCCACAUUCAGAUCGUCGGGAAGUUUAAAGAGGCUCACGCAGCGUUUUAUGCAGCAGAGAUUGCAGUCGGCCUCUUCUUCCUCCACAGCAAAGGCAUCAUCUACAGGGACCUGAAGCUGGAUAACGUCCUGCUCGACAGCGAGGGCCACAUAAAGAUCGCAGACUUUGGGAUGUGCAGGGAGGGCAUGUUUGAGGGCGACACCACCCGGACCUUCUGCGGUACGCCUGAUUACAUCGCCCCGGAGAUCGUGGCCUACCAGCCCUAUAACAAAGCCGUGGACUGGUGGUCGUACGGAGUGCUGCUGUACGAGAUGCUGGCCGGACAGCCUCCGUUUGACGGCAUCGAUGAGGAGGAGCUGUUUCAGUCCAUCAUGGAGCAAAGCGUCUCGUAUCCUAAAAGUCUGACUCGUGAAGCCGUCGCUAUCUGCAAAGGAGGCGGGAGGAAAGGUGAGAACUUUGACAAGUUCUUCACAGGAACUUCGUCGGCGUUGACUCCCUCCGACCCGGAGAUUCUUGCCGCCAUCAACCAGGAGGACUUCCAGGGUUUCUCCUUCCUGAACCCAGACUUUGCCCCGUCGCCUCUCACCGCCGUUUGAAAAUGGCCUCUGUCCCUCUCCCCAGUGCUCCCAGUUCUCCCAGUUCCUCCUCCUGUAGUAGUUUUCUGGCAGAGAAUUUAAACAAGAGAACUUUAAUUCUGACGUUUACAGCGAGAAGACACACCUUGAAGCUCUGCAGAUCUUCUGAUGUAGGAGAACCGUAGUAGAACCUGAACUUUCUGCAUGCAGCUUGUUUUUAUAGCUCUAGUCCUUGAACCUUUAAUCAGACCACAUAGAGGAUUUAACAGUUUCUUUGUGUUUAUUACAGUAACUCAGCAGCACUAAAGCGUCUCUCACUCUGUUUGUUUUAGCUGAAGAUUCUCUGACUGCGACUCAAACUGAGCUGGUUGUUAGUUCAGGAGGGCUGACUGUCAGUCCUCAGCGUGACUCCAGAUGACCUGAUGAAACAUUUAAACAACAAUCUUCUUCUUCUUCUCUGCUCUGAUGUCGUCAUCUUCUUCUUCUUGUUCAUCAUCUUCGCCUCCUCCUUCUUCGUCUUCUUCUUCUUUUUCUUAUUAUUUUUCUCCUCUGCUCUGACAUCUUCAUCUUUUUCUUCAACUUCUUCAUCUCCUUGUUCUUCAUCUUUUUUCUUAAUCUUCUAAUUUUUCUUCCUCUCCUCCUUCUUCUUCUCCAUCAUCAUCUUCGUCUUUUUCUUUAUCUUCUUCUCCUUCUCUUCCUUCUUCUUUUUCUUCUUAUUCUUCUUCAUCUUCUCCUUCAUUUUCUUUAUCUUCGUCUCCUUCUUAUCCUUCGUCAUCAUCAUCGCUUCUCCUUCUUGUCCUUCUCCUUCUUCUCCUCCUUCUUCUCCUUCAUCAUGCUGAACAGAGAGGUUGAGUUUUAACGCUGAUCUCUCCUAAACUACCUCCAGCUCAGUUUGUGUUGUCGUCUCUCCCUCUGUUUGUGUGUUUUAGCUUCGUAUUCUUUGACUCCGACUCAAACUGAGAGUUAGUUUAGGAGGGCUGGCCGUCGCUCCUCUGGCCCGAUUCGACCUUUUUUGGUUCAGCGUGAGUCCAGAUGACCCGAUGAAACGUUUAAACAACGCUCGAUGUGACGGUUAAUGCGGUUGCAGUUCAGACUGUUGCAGGGAUUCCUCACAGUACAGCAGCAUUACUUCAGAAUCAGUGUUCUUCCUGAGCUCUACAUGGAUUAAUCCUCUCUUACAACAUCUUAACGUCAAAUUUCUUUUUAUUUUUGAUGCAAUUUUAGAACAAAGUCCUCUUAAUAACGUCCAGGUACUCAUAAUUAUGAACUUAGCGGUGCAGAACGCAGAGCUUUUGGCUGUGUAAUGACGUACUGGCAGCAUUGAUUAGGAGUAAUUAAAAGUGGGGCUCGCUGGGACAGUUCAAUACGUGGAAAAAUAAUAGCAGCGCUGGCGUUAAACGCUGCCUGAACGGGGCAGGUGGUGGUUUAAUAACCCCUUAUUUCACCAACCAGCUGCUCCAUAAACGCAGAUGUUUUAACCCAAACAUCUUCUAGCUCGGCUUGAGUUGAAGUCAAACAUCAGAAACCUCCAAUAAUCAGUCCCUCCAGGAUUUCAUGGGCUUUUUUUCAGAUUGUUGGAGCCUAAAAUGCCUGAAUUUGCAGUGAUUUUGAUGCAAGUUGUGAUGUUUUAAGCAUAUUUGUUGCGAUGAAAUUGCAGGAGACAGUGGCACUGGCUAAAAAGUUGCUUUUUAUUUAUUCUGAAGCUAAUUCUUUAACAGGCUUCAACCCAUUUAUAAACCUCAACAAAAACAAGACAAAAUAUUAGAAAAAUUAAACACAAAACAACAAAAAUGGCACAUAAAACAGCGAAUGAAGUGAAACACAAAAUGACAAAAAAGACAAAAACAAGCGAGACAAAAAGGAAACACAAAACGACAAAAACAAGAAAAAAUGACAAAAAAUGACGUCAGACAAAAAAGACCAAAAACAACAAAACCAAGACAAAAUAUUACAAAAAUGACACACAAAAGAACAAUGAACAAUCUAGUAUUUUACUUUCUGAUCCAAACAACUUGUCAUGGUCUAGAAUUGAUUUUAAAUUUACAGUUUUACUAAUUUACAAUCUGCAGUUAAUGUCUUCUCUGGAAUUUUUGCACUUUGAGGACCGGAUUGGACCCUCUGGAGGAUUGGUUUUCAGAUCCCCAGGUAAUAAUAACGUGCGAAUAGUCGUUUUAUUUUUUGCAGCAAUUUUUGUUGGUAAACAAGAGACAUUGGAAUCGGACACGUCUGGAUCUUCAAACCAUAAACGCAAACAUUGCAAAUUCCUGGAGGGACUGAAGACACGAUCGAUAACAGAUGGAAUGAUAGAUGAUUCAUGUUUGUUUUCAUGUGCUGGAAUAAAGAAGAAAUCUAAAUAAACUGAGAAAAGAACUGCGGAGGUGAAGUGUGUGAUUCUAUGUGAGAGUUUCCUCCACCGGCCUCCUGAAGACGUCGACCUUCCUGUUGGGUUCGGAGCGUCUCUCAGGACCGACGUCCCCGCAGAGAUCCCAGUUAGAACAAGUUGACCUUCACAUUAAAAUCUCAUCAGCUUGCCAUCUCCCUCUCCGCCUCCCUCCCUCCCUCCCUCCCUCCCUC